AUGGCUGAAAGUGUUGCUGCAAAUGAUGAGAUGAACAUGAUCCUCCUCAUCCUCGCCAUUACAGCAGCUGCGAAUAUCUUCACAUCGGAGCAGUUUCCCCGAAGUUUCGCAGAUUUGAUCGACCGCAAACUCUGGGGACCCACUCUUUUCCAACGCCAUCCCGGAUCCAUCUCGUGGAGCAUUCCUGGCCAGAUGGACAAGUCUCAACCCGGCCUGGCCUCCCAUACGGAGAACGCCUCGGCCGGCUCCUCCAGCCAUAUCGACUCGACCAGCAAAGGACGUAUCGCUGGUGGAAAGUACCUCGAGGGGCUCGAUGACAGCACCGCUGCUGCUAAGACAGACGGCCCUCUGCAGACCGUCGACUUCGACUUCCCCCUAACCCAGACCGAACGCAUCGUCCAGGACGGCAAUCAGUAUAUCGUCCUCGACUUCGUCCCCGGUGAUAAGGAGAACCCGUUCAACUGGGAUGGCAAAUACAAGGCGUUCAUCUCCGCCUUGCUGUGUCUGAUGACCCUGUUCAUCGGUCUCGCCACGACUGCCUACAGUUCGGGACUGGGGGACAUGGCGACGGAUCUGGGCGUCACCGAAGAGAUCGCCGAGCUGGGUCUAUUCCUCUUCAACUUCGUCUGUGCUCUCGCGCCCCUCUUCCUGGCCCCCUUCUGUGAGUUGGCGGGUCGCCGUGUCGUCUACGUCGGCGCCUACUUCUGCUUCGCCAUUAUGUUCAUCGGUCUCGCCCUGGGCAAGAACAUCGGCACCAUCCUCGUCUGCCGCGCCCUGCUGGGUCUGUUCGGUUGUGUGGGGACCAUCCUGGUCGGUGGUACCUUCGGUGACAUGUACUACCCCCAGGACCGCGCCAUCCCCGUCGCCACCUUCUCGUGGAUUGCCAUCUUCGGUACGGUGGCCGCGCCGAUCUACGCCGGGUUCAUCGACCAAGCCCUGCACUGGCGCUGGGUGGAGGGUAUCCAGGGUCUGGCCAACAUCCCGCUCGCCCUCAUCAUCCUCUUCUUCCUCCCGGAGACGCGUGGCAGUGUGGCCCUGGGCAAGCGUGCGAAGCAGCUCCGCACGCAGACCGGCGACGACCGCUACGUGACGGCGAACGACCUGGAGGCCCCCUCCCUCAAGCACAUGCUGCACAACUCGUCGGUCAAGGCGAUCAAGAUGCUCAUAACCGAGCCCGUGGUGUUUGCCUUUGGCCUCUGGAUCGCCUUCGCCUGGUUCCUCACUUUCUUGUUCCUCUCGGUCAUCCCGAUCACCUUCGAGGAGAAGAAGGGGUGGAAUGAGGGCGUGUCCGGCCUGCCCUACAUCGGGCUGUGCAUCGGCUGCACCAUUGGCUUUGGCCUCAACUUCUUCCAAAUCCGCAAGUACAACUCGCUCUUCCAGCAAGGCCAGGCCCGACCGGAGUCCCGUCUGUACGGGGCGCUCUUUGGCGCCGUCUGGCUCCCCAUCGGCCUCUUCAUCUACUCCUUCACGCAAUACGCCGACCUCCCCUGGAUCGCCCCGAUCAUCGCCCUGGUGCUGAUCUGCAUCGGGAUCUUCUUCAUCUUCGAGAGCUGCUACAGCUACACCUCCGACUGCUACGGCGAGAGCUCCUCCUCCGCCAUCGCCGGCCAGGGUUUUAUGCGGAACACGCUGGGAGCAGUCUCCCCCCUGUUCGCCUCGCAGUUCUUCCACAACGUGGGCAGCCAGUACGCCGGGUUGAUCCUGGCGCUGAUCGCCACCGCGCUGACCAUCAUCCCCUACGUCCUCUUCAUCUACGGACCCCGACUGCGGGCCAAGUCCAAGUUGGCGAGUCUGGUGACUCACUCGGGCGAGGAGGACCGCGAGAAGGUCUAAUGAUUGUGAAUGAUGAAAAAGAAAAAAAUUCUAUUGAUAUUGAAGCAUUCUCGUCAUGUCAUGUUUAGCAUUGCAUUGCAUAUUUGGAAGUACAUAGUCUCAUGUCCGGGGCCUGAAUUGAGUCUUCUUGCUCCGGAAUGUUUUUUUUUUGCACAUACAUACAUCCAUUCUGAUGAAUACAAGACAAAAUCACACUCUACCAUUGAUUGGGGGUUUUUUUUUUCAAUAUCGUAGAACACACCACAACACCAGUAAGAUAUGUCCAUCACUUUCCGUCAAGCACCG